CUGGAUUGCUUAUCGGGUCAGCUUGGGGAUAUUCACCCGGUCGAGCGCAGCGGUUAUCAGUCAGAUAAAAACUGCAAUCUUCAUCAAGAUCAGACCCUGAUCUUGGAGAUAACAGAUCAACAAGUUUAUCACUGCUGAAGAAUCAAGAGGGGAGAAACCAAGGGGUAGUUACUGAUUGACUGCAGUUGAUCAGUCAUCUUCAUGCAUCUCACAUGGUGGUAUUUACCCCUCAUUUGCUGCACCCUCUCAUUAGUUACAUAGGUAAGUAGUUGUUGAACACCAACACAAACAACAACAACCAUUCUUCCUCCUCCCCCCUUCUUUUCUUCAUUAUCAUCUUCAGUCAUAGUAUCAACGUAAAGAUGCCCCCUCUAAUCGUCGACAUCCACACUCAUGUCUACCCUCCUUCUUAUAUGCAUAUGCUUCGCGCGCGCAAGACAGUCCCCUAUGUCCAUGACCCAGCCAACAAUGCAACCCCUCGUCUCAUCAUCCUUUCAUCCGACGACGACCCGUCAAUUCCCGUCGAUCAGCGUGGUCGCCCCGUGGAUUCGUCCUAUUCAGAUAUUAACGUGAAGCUGGCGUUCAUGCGCCGCCACGGAAUCAACUGCAGCGUUAUCUCGCUGGCCAAUCCUUGGCUGGAUUUCCUCGAGCCGGAUGAAGCCCAGACAUGGGCUGAGCGCAUCAAUGAUGACCUCGAGGCAACUUGCGCGCGGGUGAAUAACGAUGCAGACCCGGACAAAACAAAGGCACUCCAUGAGAAGGAAACGCUGUUUGCUUUCGGGGCACUUCCGCUCAGCGCCCCGAGCCCCGAUAUCGUUGUGAAUGAGAUCAAAAGGCUCAAGACAUUGCCCCAUCUACGGGGGGUAAUCAUGGGAACAACAGGUCUAGGCAAGGGGUUAGACGAUAGUAGGCUGGAUCCUGUCUGGGAGGCAUUACAAGAUACGGAGUCUAUGCUGUUCCUACACCCGCACUAUGGGCUACCGGAUGAAGCCUUUGGUGGACCCGAAGCAACGAACCGCUAUGGCCAUGUUCUUCCCCUAGCUCUAGGUUUUCCUCUUGAAACAACCAUUGCGGUAACGAGGAUGCUUCUGGCGGGUGUCUUUGAUCGCUUCCCGCGGUUGAAGAUCCUCCUGGCCCAUUCCGGAGGCACACUUCCCUUCCUUGCUGGUCGGAUCGAGAGCUGUAUCCUUCAUGAACGCAAAUUCAUCGCCAACGGAGGUGAUGUACCUGGUCCGCAGCGGAGUGUGUGGGAUGUUCUGAGCACCAACAUUUAUCUGGACGCCGUGGUGUACGGCACUGCUGGGUUGAAAGCAGCUGUGACUGCCGCAGGAGGAAGUGAUCGCCUCCUCUUUGGAACCGAUCAUCCGUUCUUCCCUCCUUUGGGCAAGGAUGACGAAGAAUGGCCUAGUGUGACGACCAAUUACAAAGCAAUCCAUAAAGCAUUUGAAUCAGAAGGAGAUACUGCUGCAGGGGUCUUGGGUGGCAACGCGGCUCGCAUACUAAAUUUGAAAUAGACAUGAUUCAUAUAAUAAUAGCAAUGCCGCAUGACAUGACUCCAUCUGCUUUGUGCUUGCAGUGCAACGUGUUAGUGAUACUGCACAUCCGUAUCGUAUGCAGGAUGCAAGUGUUUCCCUCCAAGUUGGCCAAGGCCGGACUGUGGCCAGAACAUCCACGUCUACGCUCUCGGGCUAUUGCUCGCAGCUAGCAUCUUCCAGCCUAUGAGCCUCCAAACCUCUUGUACAAACCAGUC